AGAGAGAGAGAGAGAGAGAGAGAGAGAGAGAGAGAAAGAGAGAAGAGAGAGAGAGAGAAAGUGAGUGCCACAGUAAGGUUGUCACUGGUUUCACCGGUCAUAAACUGAACAGCACACAGGAUUACCACACAGCACAAUGUGAAAAACAUUUGGGAUAGAGACAGAUCUUUUAUCUCUAAAACUGAAAAACAGCAAAAAGUUUUCCCUUCCCUACAGCAUCUUCUGCUCCAACUAUGACAGUGUGGGGGUCCAGAGUGAAGCGCUACAUGGGGCCUAACGUCUACACGGCUCCCCCAGAUGGUGGCUGGGGCUGGGUGGUGGCGGUCUCCUUCUUCCUGGUGGAAGUGUUCACCUACGGAGUCAUCAAGAGCUUGGGUAUCUUCCUCCAGGACCUGAUGGGGGAGUUUGGGGAGAGCAACAGCCGAGUCUCUUGGAUCAUCUCCAUCUGCGUCUUCACUAUGAGCUUCACUGCUCCUCUUGCUUCUAUAAUGACCAACCGAUUUGGGUUCCGGCCAGUUGUUAUGAUUGGUGGACUCCUCAUCUCCAUAGGAACCAUUGCCAGUGGCUUCACCAACUCCAUCAACGAGAUGUACAUCACCAUCGGACUCGUUGCAGGCCUGGGGUACUGUCUGACCUUCCUGCCCACCGUCACCCUACUGUCUCAGUACUUCUCCAAGCGACGUUCCCUGGUUACAGCUGUCGCCUCCACGGGAGAGUCCUUCUCUGUGUUCGCCCUCGCCCCAGCAUUCUCUGCUCUGAGGGACUGUAUCGGCUGGCGUUAUACUCUGGUGGUGAUCGGAGCUCUGCAGGGCAUCAUCAUCAUCUGUGGAGUUUUGCUAAGACCCAUCUUCAUCAGACCUGGACCAGCCACGGAGACAGAGACAGGUGGACUGGCUGACCAAGAGCUGAAGGCUCUGAACACACAGGAGGAGUCCUACACUAAGGAGAGACUGUACACUAAGGACAUUUCAUAUACUAAGGAUAGCUAUUACACACCGCAGAGUUCCUACUCUCAGGAGAACAAGCUGACUCAUUGUUACUCCCUGAGCUCUGGAGAGUCUGAGGACUCUGGGGUCCAGUCCCUCCAUCACCAGGUCCUGGAUGAUGGUAGCAAGGCAGGGAUGGAUAUUCCUCUGAAUGGGAAAGAGAAGAAGGGAGAAAAGGAGGGAAAAGAGAGAAGAGAGAAGGAGGUGUCUUCACAACUGUGCUUAGGAAGCAAGAAGGAGAUGGAGAAGGACGAGGAGCAGACACGGACAGUAUCUGCCCAAAAGCCCAAACUCCUUGACUUCUCCGUGCUGAGAGAAGGCAGCUUCAUUUGCUAUGCUCUCUUCGGCCUCUUCGCCACAUUGGGUUUCUUUGCCCCUCAGCUCUACAUCAUUGAGCUGAGCGUGAGCCGUGGCGUGGAGCGUGACCGUGCAACCUACAUGCUCUCCGCCAUGGCGGUUGCAGAGAUCUUUGGUCGCCUCUCCAUUGGUUGGGUGCUAGGCAGGAAACUGUUUAGAGGCAGGAAGCCCUUGGUGCUGCUAGGAUGUGUAAUCCUGCUGUGCCUGGUGCUGGUGGCCUUUACCCUGGUGUGGGAGUUCUGGGGCCUGGCGAUAUGUUGUGGGUUCUAUGGUUUUUUUAUGGGCACUGUGUCAUCAACGCAUAUACCCAUGCUGGCAGAGAAAGAUGUGGUGGGCAUAGAGAGGAUGGCGUCGGCCGCGGGAGUCUAUGUGUUUAUACAGAGCUUCGCUGGGCUGGCCGGACCACCUCUAGGAGGUGUUCUGGUGGACCUGACUCAGAACUACGGCUCAGCUUUCUACUCCUGUGCGGUGGGUAUGGGUUUGGGAGCUGUGUUUCUGGGACUGGUACGACCAGCCAAGAGAGGCUUGCCCUGCUGCAGCAAGAGGGGGCCUCAAAAUUGCCCAGAACCCCUGCAGGUGGGGCCAGGGAACCCUGUACCUCAGCGAGAGGGGAAGGAGGCCCAGGACAGAGACAGUCUUCAGGACUUCCUAGAAGUUGACCUUGAUUUGGACCAGAAACAGGAAAUCAUUACUGAAAAAGGCCAACUGAUGACAAUCUCUACUUGAAAAGACAUCACACAGCUCAGAAGGAAACCCCAUAAGAGUCUGAACUGAAGUCUUGGCUAAGCUAGUGCUGAUUGAGACAAAUCAGACAAAUAUGUGAAUAAAGAAUGCCAUGGACGGAUAA